AAAAAGAAAUUAAGUCGUCCAUCAGUCAAACUUAAUAGCUAAAGUUAAAAAAAAAUUCGGACGACCCAAACGCCACCCAGCGGCCACCGCCACGCCCGCUCCGUUUCCCGAUUCCCCAGCGGCCAAAACCCUAGAAACCUCCAGCCAGAGGGAGGAGUUCAAGAGAGAGAGAGUGUGUGAGAGAGAAAGAGAGGGAGAGCCGGAGAGGGGCUAUGGAGAAGCUGGAUGAGAGCAAGUUCGAGCAGCGGUUAGAGCUCUUGGCGCUCCGCAUCCCCCGUGAGCUCGCCUCCGCAGUUACCCGCCUCCUUCGCUCCGGUUAUCUGCUCGACAAGCCAAGGGUUAAACCUGUAGUUGAGGACCCCGAGGGCGACAAGAACCGGCUCGUCAUACUGUCUGAAAGGAUUCAGAAGCCCGAUUUAUCUGACAUGUCACAGCAGGCGCUUGAUUCAUUGAAGCAACUAUGCAAUGUUGAAGUUGUACCUUACACAUUGACCCUAGGUUAUUCAUAUUGGAGUGCAGAUCACAUUUUGAAGCGAAUCCUGCCUGCUGGAGUGGAGGUACCCUCUUCGUUUGAGACAAUUGGUCAUGUUGCUCAUCUGAACAUAUCUGAUGACUUGCUAGCAUAUAAAGAUGUCAUAGCAAAGGUUAUCUAUGACAAAAAUUAUCCAAGGAUUCAGACCGUGGUGAAUAAAGUGGGGACAAUAACAAAUGAAUUUAGAGUCCCGAAGUUUGAGAUCUUAGCAGGGAAAAAUGAUAUGGUUACUGAAAUUAAACAAUAUGGUGCAACAUUCAGACUUGAUUAUGGUUUGGUCUACUGGAAUUCAAGACUCGAGCAUGAGCAUAUCAGAUUAGUUUCCCUGUUCAAGAAAGGAGAUGUUAUAUGUGACAUGUUUGCUGGUAUAGGUCCAUUUUCAAUCCCGUCUGCUCAGAAAGGUUGUGUUGUAUAUGCAAAUGACUUGAAUCCAGAUAGUGUUCAUUAUCUAAGAACUAAUGCAAAGAUUAACAAGGUGGAGGACUAUAUAUUCGCCUACAACAUGGAUGCUAGAGUGUUCAUGCAAAAAUUGAUGACUGUGCCUGGCCUGGAAACUAGAUCAGACUCUCAAGUUGCCACUGAUGAAUCCUAUUCUAAAGAAGGGGUUCCACCUAAUGAAAUUUCUUCUUCAAAUGGAAACCAUAAUGAUGUUCGAGAGGACAUUAAAAAUGGUGCUAAUGAAUCCUCUGCGGCAAGCACUACUACUAAAAAGCGACAACAAACUUCAGAAGAAGGUGAUGAACCUGAUUGCCAAGAUGCAGAUGCUAAUAAAACAAAAAGACAAAACAAAAAGAGAGUGAGAGGAUUAGGGCCACUGCCAUCCAAGCCAUGGGAACACUUUGAUCAUGUACUGAUGAAUCUACCUGCUUCCGCUUUGCAGUUCCUCGAUUGUUUUGAUGGUCUCAUCCAAAAGAAAUACUGGACGGGAUCACUACCUUGGAUACACUGUUAUUGUUUCAUCCGUUCUUGUGAAUCUGAAGAAUCAAUUCUCUCUGAAGCUCAGAAUAAAUUAAGUGCUACAAUAGCAGAACCAAUAUUCCAUAGGGUUCGUGAUGUUGCACCAAACAAGGCUAUGUUUUGUUUAAGCUUCAAGCUACCCAUGGAGUGUCUUAAGGGGGACAGUGAAAAUCACAUCGAAUCAGUUGCCAAGUAGACCAUGCCAUGCUGAUAUUGUGCUCCUGAAGUUUUUACUCAUCCACCUGCAGUUUUUUUUGGAGCUUUACCAAAUAAAUAGCAAAUGUGCUGAUGAUUCUGGGGUUAGUAGUUGUAGUUAUAUGAUUAUAUCUGAUCUGGAUCACCAUCCGCAAGGAGGGUUAACAAGCUAUUUCUGAUGCUAAAUGUGAGUGAUCAGGUGUCAUAUAACCAUUGAAGAUGUUGGUGGAUGAAUCAAGACGCUGGUAACAUCUGAUUCAAAGCGUGGUGCCAUCGGUUUAGUUUACAGGAAGUUCACUGUCAUGUUUUUUUUUUUGGGUUUAGUUUACAGGAAGUUCCCUGUCAUCUAAUGUAUUGACUUUUUACAUGGUUUUGUUAUUGAUUUGAAGAAAAUUUGGUC